AUGAAACGCAGCUUAAAUGGUUGAAUUGAUCUGCGUGUUGUAGAACGCGACUUAAACCUGAGCAUGAAGCUGCGUUUCGUAAACGCAGCUUGAACUUUUACAGAGCUGCGUUUUAUAGUAAACGCAGCUUGAACUUUUACAGAGCUGCGUUUUAUAAAACGUAGCUCUGGGCUUGUUUUUUUUUUUUUUUUAAAAAAAACCCUCAAUAGGACACAAGAACGAAAAAAACCCUAAAUUGAAAAAACUCUCAGCUCACUCUCACCACCAAACUCAGAUACAAACCCUCACUCUCUAUCACUCUCAACACCAUUCGUUACCGCCGCCUCUCAUCGACGCCACCACCACCUCCGAGAGUCGAUUGCCACCACCACCACGUCAAACCUCUCUGUCAGCCAUCAUAGGUCAAAGGGAAUUGUGAAAAGGAGUAGAGAACAGACUCGUGCAAUCUCGAGCGCUGUGAGAUGUGCUCUAAGCGAAGUUUAAUUAAAUUAGUUUUUAAUUCGUGCCCUCUAAUCUUCUCUGGGUUUUUUAUUAUUAUUUGGGUAAAAAUCAUACCUUUGAUCGAUUAUUUGGUGGGUAAUUACUUAAUCUAGCUAUCCGAAGCUAGUAGCCACUAUACUUUCUGUAUGUAUAAGCCUGAGUCAUGUAGCUCCUAAUCGAAUAGUGCUUCUAGACGAAGAGCGGAAGAGAUAACAAAAGAGACUAACCGAUGUUAGAGUUUAGAUAAAAAGGAAUUCUAUGUAGUUCAAUGAUGGUUCUUUAAAUAGUUUUUUUUAUUAUUUUUUUUUCAAUUUAUAGUUUUUGACUUUUUGUUUUGAUUUUGGCCUCUUCAAUAUCUUGUUAGUUUGAUUUUAGAUCCUCAAAUACGUGGUUGAUUCAAUUUGGCUUUAAAAAAUGGGGUGUCAGGUUUUAUUAGUCACACUGGAGGAAUAAAAUUGAUUUUUUUUUAAUUAAAAAACUUUAAACUAAAUUUUAAAGAAACUCAAGUAUUUUGGUAAAACUAUUUUGAUUCUAUUUCUUUUCUGCAAUUCAUUUUGUGGAAUUUUCUGAUAUAUAUUUAUGUUUUGCAAUUAUAACAAGCCAUUAAUAAAAGUUUAUCAUCCCCAAGUGAUGUUAUAUUUGCAUUGGCAAAGGAGGAGGACCACAUACCCUUUAGAAACUCAAAGCUUACCAUAUUGUGGAUCCAUUACAUUGAUGGGGAAACAUAGCUUUAUCACAAAGCAUUAUAUUAAUCUGACAAGUCAUCAAAAUUGGUUGAAGGUUAUAGAAAAGGAAAUUGGAGCAUUGCAAUUAGAAGUGCUAGAUGAAAUUGGUGUUGCCUCACAGUUGUCAGCAGCUCCCAAAGGAAGGAUUGCCUUGAAAAGAGUUGAUGCUGUCGGCAGGUUAAGAAUUUAAUAGCUUGACUUGGUUAUUGUGAAUUGGCUACUGCAAAUCUUUCUGGUCAACUGGUUCCACAACUUGGUCAGCUUUUAAAUCUGCAAUACUUGUAA